AGUCGCCUUACAUCUUCAAAUACAGUGGCGUUUCUGAUGUUGACGGCAAAAGUUACUAAAAUGUUUGAUCAACUUGUGUUUUUAUCCUCUUCCCAGCGCCAGGCUUAAGUUUUCACACGCUACGGAAUGAUCGAUUUUGGUGACUUGAAAACCGCUUCGGCCCUGAAGAAGCUAAAUGAUUUUCUGCUUACCAGAAGUUAUAUAUCAGGGUUCCAGCCUACUCAAGCGGAUGUCUCAACUUUCGUAGCCCUUGGGAAGUCACCGUCAUCAGAUUUUGGCAAUAUUUUACGCUGGUACAAACAUAUUGACUCUUUUGGUGCGGAACAAAAAACGUUUCCUGCUCCACAGGAAUCCGCCAAUCCUGAGCCAGCUAAAUGUUCAUCGCCUGCUGCAAGUGACGAGCUCGAUUUAUUUGGUUCUGAUGAUGAUGAUGAAGAGUAUGAAAAACUAAGAAGUGAGCGCCAGGCUAUCUACGAAGAAAAAAAAGCAAAGAAGGAUAUUCCUGCAGCGAAGUCUAUGGUUGUCUUUGAUAUAAAACCGUGGGGCGACGAAACUGAUAUGGCGGAGAUGGAAAAGGCUGUCCGUAGUAUUCAAGCCGAUGGGCUGUUAUGGGGUUCGUCCAAACUUGUCCCUUUGGCUUAUGGGAUUAAGAAACUCCAAAUUGCAUGUGUUAUUGAAGAUGAUAAGGUCGGAACUGAUAUGUUAGAAGAAGAAAUAACGAAGUUUGAAGACUUUGUGCAGUCAGUUGAUAUAGCUUCUUUUAACAAACUCUAGUUCUACUUUGGUAUAUGAAUAAAAUUUUCUAGAUGUA